AGCAGUAGCUGUUCGACGAUGGCGCAGGCCUUCCGUGCAUUGUCGAGGCUUGGCGUGAGGAGGUCCUCCCCUGGGCUUGUUCGUCUCCUCCAUACUUCCAAACCUGCGUUUUCCGACCUCGAUCCCAGCCGCGUCUCCCGUGGGAACCUCUUUCACUCCACCUUGUGGAAGGAGCACAGAGCCACUGCUCAGAAUGGAACGAUGCUGUCAGGGGAUGGAGACUGGGCUGGAGGGCUCGUGGGUCUUGAGAAGAACCCCGACGUUGUUCAGGACUUGACAAAACUUUGCAAAUACCUCCUCAAGGUCUUGGAGGAAAUGCCUGACAGCGCAUUCAAGGAGAGUAAUCUACAGAGAACUAAGUGGAAGCUGUCGGUCCUCGAGAGUGGAAAGAGUGAGGAGGAGAUGAAAGAGGAGUUUGGUUUUGGCGAACUCGAGGAGAUCCAUGCAACCACCUAUGGUGUGCUUCACAUGAUCAAGCAGUUGGGCAAGGAUUGGUUCACCACUCCACACCCGGCCGUCCCCCCAGAGGAACUUCUAAUGAACGACCCAGAGUUCCAAGCUCAGAACAAGUCGGUACCUUGAACGCCACGUGCUCUCAAGCUUUACGGAUGAAGAAGGGAGCAUAUGUUGAUGACUCUCGUGUCCUUUUGACGCGAUUCCGUUGAAGAAUGAAAGUAUUUGAUCGCACG